AUGACAUCUACAAAUGAAAUGGGACUUGCGAGUGAACGUGUUGAAUCUUCAACCGAUAUCGAUUUAAGUGAUGUUCAUUGUUCCACAAUAUGUGAAAAUAUUCUAUGGAAACCAGUCUCUUGCCAACAAUGUGAAACUCACUUCUGUUCAAAAUGUAUCACAUUAUGGUUAACUAAAAAUCCCAAUCAAUGUCCAUUACGGUGCGAUAGUUUUGUUCAACGACCGUGUUCGAAAUUUAUCGUCAAACAAUUAUCGAAAUUGCAAAUCGCGUGUAUUUAUCGUCCAAAUGGUUGUAACGAAAUUGUUCCGUAUGAAGCACUCGAAAAACAUGAAAUGAUGUGUGGAUAUAAACUUGUCAAAUGUUCUACUUGCCAAUCAGAAAUACCAGAAAAAAAUCUACCCGAACAUCAACUGCAAUGUUCAUCAGUUCGAACGACAUCUGAAAAUUUUCAAAUUACUUAUGAGCCAAAUGCUCCUGUUUUACUCGAUUCUGAUGUAAAUUAUUCUACAGAACAAUUUCAACAAUAUCGUUUUGAAGUACAAUCUGAGAUUCGAAAACUCAGACAAGAACUUAGAGAAGCACAAAGUAGUGGCGUAACCAGAAAUUUAAGGGUGAUGGGGCUCAGCCCCAAAACCAGAAAUGAACAACUCAGUUCAAAAAAUGACGAACUCAAUUUAACUAAAUUCCAUUCAUUAACCUAG